AUGGAGACUCAAUCGACUACAAACAAAGGUGGUUGGAAGUCCAUCAAAUACAUAAUUGGGAAUGAGUCGUUUGAGAAAUUGGCAUCGGUGAGCUUGGUUAUGAACAUGACUUUUUAUUUACGUUCAAAUUACAACAUGAAUGGUAUCUUUCUUAUAAAUGUGGUUACCAUUUGGACCGGCACCUCCAAUAUUUCGUCACUAGCCGGUGCUUACCUCUCUGAUGCCUAUAUCGGCAAAUUCCUCACUCUUUUUUUCGCCUCCAUAGCUUCUCUUUUGGGUAUGGGUAUGAUGACAUUGACUGCCGGUGUACCGCAUCUUAGACCACCCAAAUGCAACGACCAGCUUAACUGCGUCCAGCCGGAAAUGUGGCAGCUAGGGCUGCUCUAUGCCGCAUUAGGCCUUCUUUCGCUCGGGGCCGGCGGUUUAAGGCCGUGCGGUAUUGCUUUUGGCGCCGAUCAGUUCGAUACCACCACCACCAAAGGACGGAAACAGCUCCAAAGCUUCUUCAAUUGGUGGUACUUAUCAUUUACAGUCGCUCUGAUAGUUGCUCUCACCGGAGUUGUCUACAUACAAACAAACAUCAGCUGGAUGAUCGGAUUUGCAAUUCCGACGGCUUGUCUCUUGUCUUCCGUCGUCAUUUUCUUGAUCGGACGGCAUACUUACGUCAUAAAGAAGCCGGAAGGAAGUGUUUUUUCCGAUAUUGCAGAAGUGAUUGUUGCUUCAAUACGGAAACGUAGAAUACCGUAUGAAUCAAAAUACUCUUUUUAUCAAGAAAAAUCCGGGUCAAAAAACCCUAAUCUUGCGCGAACCCAUCGAUUCAAAUGCUUAGAUAAAGCAGCCAUGAUCGUCGAUCCGACCAGUGAGCUGAAUGCUAAUGGCGUGGCCAAAAACAGGUGGAGAUUGUGUAGCAUGCAACAAGUGGAGCACUUGAAAUGUAUCAUCGGAAUCUUGCCGAUUUGGGUGUCGGGUGUUGGGUGUAUGCUUGUGAUCGAUCAACAAAGCACAUUUGGAAUUCUUCAAGCCAUCCAGAUGAAUCGAACUAUUGGAUCCAAGUUCAAGAUCCCACCAGGUUGGCUGUCGGAAACAGCGAUGAUCACAUUAUCGAUAUGGAUCUUCAUCUACGAAGGGAUUUACGUCCUGACACUUAAGAAGAUCUUCAAAAGGGAAGCAAGAUUAUUAACAAUGGCCAUGAGAGUUCGUAUUGGGAUCAUUAUGUCCAUAUUUUGCAUGGUAACAGCUGGGAUUAUCGAACGAAAACGCCGCAAUUCGGCCAUAAACAACCACAGUUACGUUGCACCGAUGCAUAUCUGGUGGAUAAUUCCCCAAUUUGUGCUUUCUGGUUUGAUAGAAGCAUUCGAUAAUGUGGCGAUGAUGGAGUUUUUUACCACCCGGAUGCCUGAAAGCAUGAGAACGAUGGCGGGUGCCAUCUUUUUCGUCACCUUAUCAAUCUCGAGCUAUUUAAACUCACUGAUCGUUAAUAUAAUCCACAAACUAACAGGAAUGAAUGGAAGAACACCGUGGUUAGGCGGCCACGAUCUUAACGAAAACAGGCUGGAUUAUUACUACUACAUUAUCGCUGGUUUGGGGGUUUUGAAUUUGAUUUAUUUCACAUUAGUUGGUUCCAAAUACGUAACUCCGGCGAAGGUUAUCGGCGUUGAGGAGAAGUUGAAGCAGGUUGAAGACGGUGGCGGUGGAGUAUGA